UGCCACGGAGGGAUCAGGAGCUGCCAGCAGUGCUGCCGCUGUGUCCCCAUUCCGCGUCCCAAAGGAGCAGCCAUGCCGCCCCGCUGGGCCUCGCUGCUGCUGCUGGCCUGCAGCCUGCUGCUGCUCGCUGUGCCCCCCGGCACCGCCGGCCCCUCGCAGCCCACCUACCCCGGGGAUGAUGCUCCCGUGGAGGACCUCAUCCGCUUCUACAACGACCUCCAGCAGUACCUCAACGUGGUCACGCGGCACCGGUACGGCCGGCGGUCCAGCAGCCGGGUGCUGUGCGAGGAGCCCAUGGGUGCUGCUGGGUGCUGAGCACGGGAUGCAGCGCUGCCUGUGGGGCCCAGCAGUUCCCCGGGGGUGGCUGCAACACCCGCAGCCCCCACAGCCCCCCUCACACUGCCCCCCACCCCAACAAUAAACCCCAUUGCAGCCAC